AUGGCGUCUUCACUCGACCCGCCAGCAGGUGUGACCCGACCGGUAGUAUUCUUCGAUGUCAGUAUUGGAGAUACUCCAGCGGGGAGGAUAAAAAUGGAGCUGUUCAGCGACAUAACACCAAAGACAGCAGAGAAUUUCAGACAGUUAUGUACAGGUGAACAUCGAGUCAACUCGAUACCGCAGGGAUAUAAGAAAGCGACUUUCCACAGUAUUCCCCAAUUCAUGAUCCAAGGAGGCGACUUUAUACGUAACGACGGUACAGGUUCUUUCUCCAUAUAUGGCGCUCAAUUUGAAGAUGAGAAUUUCAAAGUGAAACAUACCGGACCGGGCCUGUUGAGUAUGGCUAAUUCGGGUCCUGGUACAAAUGGAUGUCAAUUCUUCAUCACCUGCGCACCAGCAGAAUUCUUAGAUGGUAAACACUGUGUAUUCGGGCGGGUGAUCGACGGGUUAUUGACCGUGAGGAAGAUCGAGAACGUACCUACCGGAGCUAACAAUAGACCAAAAUUGGUAGUCAGGAUAACAGAAUGUGGUGAGAUGUAA